CAUUUUUAUUUGUUCAGAUAAUAUAAAAUGCUUAUAGAGUAUUAUUCCUCUGCCAAAGACAGCUAAAUAAUUAAUAAGUGUUUAUAAAUAACUUAGUAUCCAUAGCUGCUUAUAUUUAGUGGAUGUGAUUUAGCCCUUAAAGGUCACAUAGUUAAUGGUGGUGUGUUGUUUGCUUUUUUAAAUGAUAUAUUGAGGGGUUUUUUUCCCCUUCUAAUUGCUUGCCUAAUUUGCCUUUGUUUUUCUGUUAUAUGAUAAAGGAAAAUAUUUCAUUGUGCAGACAGGGAGCUAUCUUUAGCAGCUUUUUUUAGUUUAUUCCGGAAGCGUGACUAGGAAGCAGCAGUAUCAACUGUAUCAGUAAUUUGUAAAUGGACUAUUGAAGACAAAGACUUACAUAAAGGGUUAAAUGUUGUCUCUUUGAAGUCAGCCUGACAAACUACAGCAAGAAUGUUUCUCAAAUGCAAAAAAGGUUCUUCCUCUGCGCUUUUUCCUUUUGCUCCCAUCAACAUUCAGUUUUCUACAAACAUUAAUAAUAAUAUUAGCAACAAGUUACUUUUUUUACUGGUAAAAAGAGAAAUCUGGGAACGAAAUGCAAAGCGCCUUGAGGAACAUUCACCGGGUGUUUUUUUAAAUCGCACACCACGCUUAAUAGGUUGCAAAUACUUGCUGUGAAAAUAGCACACACACCUUUCCUGCGGGCAACCAUUAUUUAAGUCAUUUGUUUCACGUCUGUUGGGUAAGCUGCAGCUUGCUCCAAGCUGUUACUGUGGACAUAUUAUUAACGUUUUUAUUUCUGGAGGUGUUCUUCACGCCUGCCUCUACCUGGCAUCGGGGCAAACGGCAGAUGAAGUUAAGCUUAUCACCCCCUUUCCCCCCCCCAGUAACCACAAGAAGCGAAUCAGGUGAGUCGGGUGCUGCCCGGCGCGGUUUCACGGUGGCCGGGGAAGCUCAGCCCUGAAGAGAAAAGCGGUGCCUGGAAGCACCGCACGGGAGGGUGCCCGCCGCGUCCGAGCAGGCCGCCCCGCCACCUGAGGCAACGCAGCCGGGCUGGCGGAGGAAAACCUUCCUGCGGCCGCCGAGGCAUCCCCGACCGCCGCUCGUGGCUGGAACAGGGCUGGGCACGACCAGGAGCCGCCGCUCCGCGCUGGAGCCGCGCCCGGCAGCGCCCGGCGGCCUCCCCGCUCCCACAAGGCCGCGCGGCGGCAGCGGCCUCCGGUGCUCCCGGCGGGCCCCGCCGCGCCGCUCCUCCUUCGCUCGGCCCAUCGGCUGCUCUCCCCUCGCCGCUCCUCCAUCGCUCGGCCCAUCGGCUGCUCUCCCCUCGCCGCCCGUUGCUAGGCAGGCCCGGGCGCAGCCGCCGCCGUUUCCUACCCGCUCGGAGGGGGCCGGUGGCGGCGGGACGCGGCGCCCCGCUCGCCCCGCUCGCCCCGGGCAUGGAGGGGAACAAGAGAAGAACCAAAGAAGAUACUUGGAAAUCAGAAGAACUGAGGAAACAUCUUAGGGCAUCACAACCAGGUAGUCAAAAUGAAGACCAAAAGCACCGAGAAAAGAAACUGCCAAAAGAUAAGUCUGUUCAUGACACAGAUGCUCAUAAACAUGAACACAAAGACAGAGGGAAGAGCAGGGAAAGAACAAGAGAGAGAGAGAGAUUUAAAUCUGGUGAAAGAGAGAGGGAUAAAAUGAGAGAGAGAGAGAGGGGGAAAGAGCACUCAGGAGAAGGAGACCAAGAAAGAUACAAAUAUAAGCUUCAAGAGUCAAAUUUGAAGAAGGAAAAAUACAGUGUACCAAAAGAUAAAGACAGGGAGAGUGAUAGAGAAGGAGACAAAAAGCAUAAGAGACAUGAGGUAAAGCAAAUAGAUACACAAAACAAUCUGAAAUCAUAUGAAGGAAGAGAUAAAGAACAUCACAGAAGAAGAGAAAGCAGGCAUUGUUUGGAGGAGGAGAAAACAAGAAGUGAAGAGCGAGAAAGAAGAGAUACAGAAAAGAAGGAUUAUGAUACUAAAAGAAGCAUUGACAAAAUUUUAGCCUACAAAGUUCAAGAAGGUGGACGGGUACACAGGUUACAAAAAGAUCAAGAGUCAGAUAAAGAGAGAGAAAGAAGACAUAGAGAAAAAAAAGAGCAUUCUGUGAGGCCAGGAAAAGACAGGCUUUCCAAAGAGAGAAGUCAUAAACGUUAUGAAAAGGAAGAGGAAGAAAGGCAUAAAUCAAAGAGAUCUAAAGAGAGAUCUUCCCAUGGACACAGAGAAGGGCAACCAGAAGAAGCUACUGAGAGACUGAAAAGUAGAGAAAAUGAAAGAAAGAAGAGUGAUCGAAGGAACAGUGAAGACAAAAGAGAGGAGAGGAUUCAAGAAGAAAUGAGCCAUCAGGUUGUAAGAACUGUAAAAGACAGAGGAAAACUUAUUGAAGAAGAGGACAAGAAUACAAGGCAAGAGGAGAUAAAAGAUACACACAUCUCUAAUUCAGACAAGGGAUUUGAUAACUUUUCAGAAAAUUAUGAAGAUGACUUUGAAGAUUAUGAAGAUGAUUUUGAUGAUGAUGAUGAUGAAGACAGAAGUGGUGAAGAGAGAGAUGCAGAAGAAAACCUUAGAGAGACUAAAUUUUCCAGAACAUCUGAAAUUGAAGAAAUUCAAAGAGCAAUUAGUGCAGAAAAUGAUAGAAUUUUCACUUCACUGCCAAAUGAAACAGAAAAUGAAAAAAAGGAACCAAUUAUGGAAAGGAAAUGCCCUGCUGUCAGAAACUCUUAUUGUGGAAUAUUCAUGGAUUUUAAAAUGGCAAACCAACGACAAAGUAGCCGAAAUAUUGCUAGUAAGCUGAAAAAACGGAGUUCAGAACUUCUCCCACUCAUUGAUCUGGACUUCUCAGUUAGUUUUUCUUUAUUGGAUUUGCCUCCUGUAAAUGAGUACGACAUGUAUAUCAGGAACUUUGGUAAAAUGAACACUAAGCAGGCAUAUGUUCAAUGUAAUGAGGACAAUCUCGAGAGAGACAUUCAGACUGAGGAAGUUGAGAUGUUGGAGAAAUGGACGCAGCAUCCAGGAGAAAGUGCCCUUGUAUCUGGAGGUCCCAUAAGCAGCCAGGAUGUGUCAGUGAAUGGAGCACUGACACCUCAGAUUGAUUCACAGAGGCUAACAGAUUUCCUUCGGUCUGCUUGUCAGGUGAUUGCUGUUUUGCUAGAGGAAGAUCAAGUUGCAACACAACCCAGGUGGAAACUAAGAUCUGGACAAACCAGUCUGUCUAUUAGUGAUAGCUGUUUCCAGUUAAAUACUAACCAGCCAUUCCUCCAUGACCGAAAAAUAUCCUGCCUUUAUGUGUCUCAAGUUCAGAGGCAGACACUACUUUCUGUUCAUGGAUUACCUAAAAAGGCAAGUGUUGGUUUACUGAACAGAAAGAGCAUCAUAUGUGUUUGGAACAUCUGGCAGCCCUCCAGUCCUCAGAAGGUUUUAAUAUGUGACUCAGAGGUGAUAUGUUGCUGCUUUAGUCCCAGUAAAGCAACCUUGGUUUUUGCUGGAACAAUAGAUGGUUCAUUGUUGGUGUGGGAUCUUCGAGAAGAGUCGAGAAUGCACCCUCAUAUGAUGAUCAGUGAAACUGGCUGGACAUUUAGAGUGCCAACGUUUUCCACUGAUGGCAUUCUCAACUCAGUAAGCCACACCUCUCCUAUACUAGCAGUGGAACCUGUCUCAGCCUCUCUCUACACUGAUCCGAAUUAUGGACUUUCAAGCCUCUCCAACCAGGAGGAAAUAUCAGGUCAUCCAUUUCAGAUAGCUUCAAUGGAUGAAAAUGGAAUCCUCAAUAUGUGGGUGGUUGUUGAAUUACAAAAAGUGGAUUUAGCUGGUUCACAAGCUGAUUUAGGUUUAAUACCUGGAGGGAAAGUGAAGUUAGUACAUAGCUCUACUAUGGAAUUAAAUAACAGCUUUUUCCCAAAGGAUGUGCGCCAGAGAAUGCCCCAGACACUGACUAUUAAAUUUCUGUCUUCUAAUCCUAAUCAUUUCAUUGUUGGAACAAACAUUGGGCUGGUAGGCCAUGGUACAAGGCAUGAUUUAAAAGUUUUUCCAAAGCUAUUCAGACCCCAGGAGAGUGGGCUCAGAUCAAUAAGCAUCAAUGCAAUUGAUUUCUUCCCUUUUGGAAAGCCACUAUUUUUGGUUGGCUGUUCAGAUGGAAGCAUUAGAUUACACCAAAUGACAUCAGAGUAUCCCCUCAUGCAGUGGAAUGACAGCACAAAUGGGCAGCCAGUUAUUGCCCUACAGUGGGCUUUAACAAGACCCUCUGUCUUUUUUGUCCUGGAUGCAUCAUCUAAUAUUUACAUUUGGGAUCUUCUGGAAAAUGAUUUGUUGCCUGUGGCAAAGCAGGCUAUUCCAUCAGAGACUGUUGUAACUAUGGCUCUGCUGGGAGAACCAGAAAAACCAAAUGGAUUAUUAGGCAUUGCACUGGCCAAAGGAUCUGGACAGAUAGACAUUCAGUAUGUAAAAAAGAAGUGGGCCUUACAUCAGCCUGAGGAAUGUAAAAAACUACAUUCAAUUUUAAUGCAGUCUUUUUAGAAACAGUAUUACCUAUCUGGGUGUACAAAUUAUUGCAAAAUCUUUAGAUUAUUUUUGACUGCGAUUAAAAGAUUUGUAAUGUAAUUUUUUUUUAUUUGUAUAUAACUUGUGAAUAUUUUAAAGAACAUCAAUACAAUAUUUCAGCUGAAACAAUGUAUUUUAGUAUUUAAAAUGGCAGAACCAAAUUUAGCAUUAUUGUACUCAAGAAGAUGAUGAACUGUAUUUCAUUAUUGAAAGUACUCUAGAUGGAUAUAUUUUUUUUUAAAUAUUGAAAAUAUAUUCCUAUAAAUUACA